AUGUUUAUUUAUAUUUAUAAAAUAUGUAUUUUUACCAUAACACUAUGUACAACGAACCUAUUUAAUAACAACGGAAUAGAAAUUGGAACAUACAAAUCAUCAUACCAUAAUGGAGGGAUACAAUUCAGAAUGCUAGCACAAAAAAACUCAAAUAAAAAAUCAAAUGGAAAUACCUUAAUGAAUAUAUUCUUAAAAGACAAAAACGAAAAAGGUAGUAAAACAAAAAAACUUGAUCCUCAAAUUUCAUCUCUAGUUAGUUUAGUAGAUAAUAUGAAUAUAACUGAAGAAGAAAAAGAUAAGAUCAAAAAUCUAACAUUAAAAUAUAUAAAUAGUGACAACAUAGUAGAAAAAAAUAAAUACAUUAAUGAACUUCAAAAAUACAGUAAAAACGAAGAAUGUAAAGAACAUAUGAAUAAUUAUUUAAUGUAUCUUCGUACGCAAAAUGAUAUAAAAUAUUUAAAAAGAAACAAUUUUUGGAAUAAUAUUGGAAUUGUUACAAUGACCUUAUUCUUAAUCAUUCUAUUGACAGUAUUUAUAUUGCUUGGUAUAAUUACUGACAAUUAUGGACUUUUUUUAACGUGUAUUUUAAUUUUUAUGACCUAUAUAUGUGCUCGUUUUUUACCUGAAAUAAAAAUAUGUUUGAAAGAUUUAAAAGAAACUUGUACAAAUUGUUUCAAAAAAAAAAAGCAAAUAAUAAAAUAA